GCGCGCCAUGGGCACCAGUACUACUCGGUUAGAUGUGGCCUGAGAGGAUUGAGUACUAGCAGGCUUCAAAAUACACAGGAAAAAAAAAGAACUAGAGUGUGUCUGACUGGGAAAAAAACACCCUUGAUUUGAUACGAAAACCAUCACAUUCAAUCCUAUACAUGCAUGGUAUUUGUAAUAUGGAAUAUCAAUGAAAGAAUACAGCAAAGAAUUGUUAUAAUCUCAGCUACUGGUUGUGGACUGCAUGCAACAUAUAAAGGAUACGAUGCAUUCCCGAUUGGAUUUCAGCUUACUAGUUGUGCAUUCUUUAAUCCUUAUUAUAAUAACCAAAGAUUCACUGGAGGAAAAAGUUUUAAUCAUCAAAAACAAAACAAGCAAUACAACAACCAAUAACCUACUUCCUUACAAAUAUCUGUUAAAUACGAGUGACAUUCAAGAUAAUUUUGUUGACAAGACUUCUGGUUCAACUAAAUACAAAACAGGUUUCUACACACCAACAGCAUCCAUCAAUUCUUCAAAAAUCACAGCAAAUACAACAAAAAACAGAGGAAAUGCUAAAAAAUCCACUGUUGUUUUAUUGGAAAGAACUUUCAUGACAACAACCAGAUCAACAAAAAAUUCUAAUAUUACAACUGUGGUACCACCGUAUCACCCUACAUCAAAUCCUUCAUACACAAGUAAAAUUCUUCAAUAUACUUUAAUUCCAUUGGGAUGUGUUUUGUUUAUCAUUGCCUUACUGUGUAUGGUUCGUCAUAUCCAAAAAGUAAAGAAAAAGAGGCGACUGGAGCGAGAAUUGCUUCAUCAAUAUUCAUAUCCAAAUAGUGAAGCAGGUGACUUAGACGAAGAAGAAAGAUUUCUGGAAGUUGAAAGUGUUAUCAAUACUCAGUUUAACAUUUCUAGUGACCAAGAGGAAAAGAAUGUUGUUGAUGAGAUACCUCAGGUUACAGUUGCCAUUGGUGACGGGUCAAAGCUUGUUAUGCAGGAUACGCAAUCAUUGUCAGAUGAUGUCGAAGCCUCAACAUCAUUCAACUGUUAAGAGAUAAAGUAUUGUUAUUAUCCAUCUAUUAGCUUCUGCUGUUGUAUUACAGAGUGGGACAACAACAACAACUUAACAGAACCAGGCUCCAACUAGAUGAAAGCCCAAAGAUUGAGUAAGAAUUCAGAAGUUUGUUUUUGUGAAGGGAGGAAAACCAGAAGACCUGGAAAAAUCCCUUGAAGCAGAGGAGAGAGCCAGCAAGCAACAUUGAACCCUGGAUUCCAACCUGGGUUUACAUAUUUGGUGAAAUUCACCCAUGUUUCCUGAAUUCUGUAUUGACGUGUAGUUCCAGAAAUCAUCCAUACCCACCCCACAGAGGAAUUUGGAAUGUCCGAACAGCAGGGGGUCAGAGAAAAAACAAAAAUUACAGAGUUUGUAUGUAAGAAAGUUGGAAUUUCCUUGGGGUAGGGGGUGUCUUAAGAAAAUUCCUCCAUGAGGGGGGUAUGGAUAAUUUUUUGGAACUACACAUUCAAACAAUAAUUCUAACUUAAGGCAAGGGUAAAAACUAGAGCACAAACACUAAAAGUGUGCAACACUUUGCACUAUUUAGUAGUAAAUAGUGCUAAUUAAACAAUAGAAAACAAUAGAAUUAGCAUAAUUUGGCAGUAUUUAAUGGUAUUUAUGUUACACAUUAUGUUACAUGUUAUCUUUUUUUGUUUUUCUUUUCAUUGUUAGUCUGAUAAAUGAUAAAUUCUUCUAUCGAUGAACAGCUGAGGGCUAUUUGCAUUUUUUUAUACUCAAAUACUCUGUCUAGAUAGCACUUGCUAUUGAUAAUUGUUUUUGGCAAGUGACACUCAUACUAUCAAGAACUUAUACCUUAUCUUAUACUUCCACCUCACCCACAACUACUUCUACAGCCUUACCAUAUACUUCCACCUAACCAACAACCACUUACACCUUAACAUAUACUUCCACUUAGACCUCACCAUCAAAUACGUACUUACAUUUAAGACAUAUGGCUCAUAAAAACGUUUUGCAGGGACACAAUGUCAGGUUGACAACAUUCUGGCAUAUUCAUUAGAUGAUGAGGCAUUAAAGUGUGAUUCAAUAGA